AUAAUUAAAAUAACUACAGCUAAUCUUAAUUAUCUUUACUGUGAGAGAGAUGCAUGUGGAAUUUGAUUUUAUAAAAAUAUAAAAUCAUUUUGAAUAAAUAACAAUAAACAGGUACACGAAAAUUAGCUUGGUUUUAUAAAGUAUAAAGUAAUUUUAACUUGAUGAUAUUAGCGUGGUUUUAUUAUCAAUACAAUAAUAUAAUUGGGCCAGUUGGCAUCACAUAUAGAUAUGGAUUGUGUAACUUUGAUUAUAUUAACAUUUUUAAUGUACGAAUUAAGAAAAAAGAUCCGUUAAAAAAUGUAUUGCAAAUUGUACCAUAUGAUUAUUGAGCAUAAUUAAAUAAUUUUCACAUAAAAUCGACAUAUAUCAACAAUUACAUUCAAACAUAUAUGGGAUUGACAUUGCAUGUAAGAUCUUACUUGUCUCCAUAGUUUUAUAUAUAUAUAUAUAUAUAUAAGCGUAAAUGAGGUUGAAACUAUAUAAUACUAUUCUUUUUUCACUUUCAAGCAUGGCACAACGUUCAAGAAAGCAUCUUCAUAUCAAACCUUAAUUAGUCACCUCUCUUUUAUAUAUUCAUGUCCGAUUUAACAUAUGAACACGACAUAACAAGUAACCCUCACACCCCCGCCCCCCAAAAAAAAUCGAGACUUUGGUGGAAAUUCACGAGAUUUAUGCGAAUUCAAGCAAAUGGGUUUUGAAAUAAGGUCAUAUCUCAUCAUGGGCAUGCUCAUGAUGAUCGUUCCAUCAUUCUCCCAUGCCGAUCAAGCAGAUGUGACAUCCCCUCUCUGCGUCAGCGAAUGCGCCACGUGUCCCUCCAUCUGCUCUCCACCUCCAUCUCCGCCUCAGUCUUCGUCCUCUUCAUCUUCAUCGUUGCCGCCGUUACCACCGCCAUCACCGCCACCGCAGCCCCGCAAAUACCCACCGCCACCACCGUCACCACCGCAGCUUUCACCGCCGCCGUUGAUCACGAUCUACCCCGGACCACCGCCGGCGUUUUAUUACUUCCAAUCCACACCACCGCCGGAGUUUUAUUACUUCCAAUCCACGCCGCCGCCUCCGACGCCGCAACGUCCACCGCCGCCGCCGCCGUCACAGACUUCAUCCACCGGGAAGAAACCGCCGCCGCAGCCGCAAGGGGGCCAACCGACUUACUCGUUCCCUUACUUCUAUUUCUACACAUCAUCAUCGAAUGCCUCUGCCGUUUCUUCUCGUGCACCUUGUUCGUUUCUUUUCUUGGUCUUCGUCUUGUAUUUGUUCUAUACAGUUAUUUUUUGUUAGUGUGAAGAAACACACUUAUUAUUUCUAUUGCUUUUGUUAUGUAUAUUUUCUAUUAGGUUCUUAUGCUACCAUGUAAUAAUUCGUUUGAUUUGGUUUUGUCACAUUAUUAGAUUAUACG